CGCCGCCGCCGAUUGUGUGGACACAAUUUGUUUGGUUGGACACCAUUUAUCUAUUGACAUCACACACACACCGCCACCGCCGCCGAUUGUGUGGACAUAUUUGGUUGGACACCAAUUAUUAUCCAUUGACAUCACACACACCGCCACCGCCGCCGAUUGUGUGGACAUAUUUGGUUGGACACCAAUUAUUAUCCAUUGACAUCACACACACACACCGCCGCCGGACACCAAAAAAUGGCCGGAACUUCUGCCGCCGAUAUGAUACUGAUAGCCGGAAAUUCGCACAAAGAGUUGGCCAAAGAGAUUAGCAAUCGGCUGGGCGUACGAUUGGCCAGCCAAUCGUUGUACCAUUCGAUCAAUCGGGAAACUGUACUGGACAUUGGCGAUUCGGUUCGCGGCCGCGACUGCUAUCUGAUCCAGACGGGCGGCAAAGAUGUCAACAACAAUAUUAUGGAACUGUUGAUUAUGGCCUACGCUUGCAAAACAUCGUCGGCCAAGAAUAUCGUGGGCGUAAUACCGUACCUGCCGUACGGCAAACAGUCGAAGAUGCGUAAACGCGGCGCAAUUGUGGCCAAACUGUUGGCCAAACUUAUGUGCAAAGCUGGGUUCACACAUAUCAUAACAAUGGAUAUGCACCAGAAAGAGGUCCAGGGUUUCUUUGACAUACCAGUCGACAAUCUCCGGGCAUCGCCAUUCCUCCUGCAGUACAUCCAGGAACAGAUACCCGACUAUCGUAAUGCCGUUAUCGUUGCCAAAGAUCCCGGUUCGGCCAAAAAGGCUACAUCCUAUGCCGAACGCUUACGGCUGGGUAUAGCCGUACUCCAUGGCGAACAAAAAGAAUCGGAAUCGGAUCAAGUGGACGGCCGCUAUUCGCCGCCACUACUCGAGGAAACAUUCAAAACAUUUGAUAUGGGUUUGGAUCCGAUGCCAGUACUGGCCGCCAAAAACAAGCCGCCGAUGACCGUCGUAGGCGAUGUUGGCGGCCGUAUAGCCAUUAUGGUCGACGAUAUGAUCGACGAUGUCGAGACUUAUGUUGCCGCUGCCGAUGUCCUCAAGGACCGGGGUGCCUACAAGAUCUAUGUGUUGGCCACUCACGGCCUGCUGAGUCACGACGCUCCCCGGCUGAUCGAGGAGUCGGCUAUCAACGAAGUAGUGGUCACCAAUACUGUACCGCACGAGAUCCAGAAGAUGCAGUGCAACAAAAUCAAGACAAUCGAUAUAUCCGUUUUGUUGGCCGAAGCCAUCCGACGUAUACAUAACAAAGAAUCCAUGUCCUAUCUGUUCCGUAAUGUUACACUAGAGGACUAGUAGUUAGGAGUAGUAUUGGUAGCACUGGUAGUAGUAUUAGUAGUGAUUGUAGUGACUGUCCCUCACAGUGUCAUAAAUUUUGUUUGAUUUUUUCAAUCAAUUUGAUUGAAUUGAUUUUUGUAUUUUUCACUACAAUUAUUAUUAUUAUGUAUUACAGAGUGUAGUAAUUAUUUAAGUAUUUUGUUUUUACCGGUAGUUUACCGGUAAUUAGUUUUUUAAUUACCGCCUAAUUAUGUAAUGUAUUAUUAAUUAGUUUUUUUGUUGUUUAAUUUGAUUUAUUGUGAAAUAUAUUUUUCAUAUUUUUUAAUACAAAUUUUUUUUUAUUUUCUAUGUUCUGCUCUCUCUCUCUCUCUCUCUCUCUCUCUCUCUCUCUCUCUCUCUACUCUAGUAUUGUGUAAAAUUCGGGUAUAUUUUUAUUAUCAUAAUUACUAUUAGUAUUAGUUUUAAU